UUUCUCUAUCGAAACCCUUAAUGUUGUCCUAAGGUAAGAAGCAGCACACCACCAAUCACCGUCCCAAAUCCUUUUUGUUAGUGAGUGGCAUAAAACGGUAAAUUUGAUCAUGAAUCAAGGGCCUUAUCUCAAGCCUCUCAUCUCCUUCCAUCCUCCCCAACCUGCUUCCAUUCCGUCUCAAUCGCUUCACCUUAAUUAAUUAUUUAUUAAGCCCAGAAUUUCACUUUAAAUUUUGUUUCAUUAUAAAUUAUUGUUUUUUUUAAUUCUUUAACCUUAGUUUUAAUUUCUCUUCCUGAGUUUCUCUAUAUAUUUAAUUAUAUAAUAUUCUGUUGCAUUUCUUGUUUUUAUUUUUCCCCUUUUGGGGGAGAUUUUGUGGUAAUUUGUAAUGUUAAACGAAUGGCGAAUUCGAAUCACCAGCGAACGCCAAUGUACGGUUCAGGUGCCGCGAACAUGCAACGGAACAUUGACGAAGAAGAAGACGAUGACGUUCCAGGCGGAGCCGGAGGAGGAGGGGAAGAGUCCGUGGAUAACCCUCAGAUUGGAUUUCAAGAAAACGGUGCCGUUGUUGCGGUUAUGAAUAAUGGCAUGGACGAAGCUUCUCAUGCCCACGUUUAUGGUCAAGGAUCUGAUUCAACCUCUGCUCCUGGUAAUGGUGGUGCUGAUCAGCUCACUCUAUCGUUUCAAGGGGAGGUUUAUGUCUUUGAUUCCGUUUCUCCUGACAAGGUACAGGCGGUGUUGUUACUUCUAGGUGGAUAUGAAAUCCCUUCAGGCAUUCCUGCAAUGGGGACAGUGUCUGUUACUCAAAGGGGCUUAAGUGACUUUCCUGGGAGGUCAAUUCAGCCACAGAGAGCUGCUUCUUUAAACCGGUUCCGGGAGAAGAGAAAAGAGCGGUGCUUUGAGAAGAAAAUCCGCUAUACUGUGCGGAAAGAAGUGGCCCUCAGGAUGCAACGUAAGAAGGGUCAAUUCACAUCAUCCAAGGCAAUUUCUGAAGAAGUAGCCUCAGCCUCUUCAGGAUGGAGUGGAACACCAGGUUCUGGGCAAGAUGAGAAUAUUCAAGAAGUUUUAUGUACACACUGUGGAAUCAGCUCUAAGAAAACUCCUAUGAUGCGUCGUGGACCUGCUGGUCCAAGGACUCUUUGCAAUGCAUGUGGACUCAAGUGGGCAAAUAAGGGUGUUUUGAGAGACCUUUCAAAGGUUUCUACAGUAGCAAUCCCGGAUCCAACUGUAAAGACUGCUGAGCAGGUUUUGCUAGCUCAGAAUAACAAGUGAUGCUGAAGCUAACGAGUCAGAGGCUGUAACUGUAACUCCAGAUGUUGUAUCUUCAUCUAAUGGGGAUAACUCCACUGUCACUGCUGAAAGAUGAUUAACAAGAUCCUUCUGCUGUGGUGAGUGCUAUGUAACUUGAUGUUUAAGGGGCACAUGUCGAACUUUGUUGUAAUAAUUGAGUUCGUUUGACAACUGUAUAUAUGGUUCAUUGCCGAUCAUUAUGUAACUGCAGAAUUGCGAAAUACAGCCUACAUGGUGUCUGUAGGAAGAUUAGAAAUGAUUUCUUCCUUCAAUAUGCGUCGAAACCAGAGCUUGUUUUGACAAAUUCCUUUCCUUUCCUUGUAAAAAAGUGGAAAUAUUAAGAUAAGCUUGAACACAAGCAGCUGGGAAAAGAGGCACAUUCAUUUCGCCACUGAAUGUCCCAAGUCUUGAGGCUGCAAUUCCUAAAGAAUGUCUGCUUAGCUACUUUCUUAUUAUUCUCAGUUCUGCCUCCUGAUUGUUCUGUUGUGUCGUGUGUUUUGUCUGUACACUUUUGUACGUUUGGCAAUACAUGCACUGGAUGUGUUGUAUA